UAUUUGAGGACUGGCGGAGUGACUGUCUGAACUCCAUUAAGAAGGCCCCAGAGCAUCAGGCUGCCUGCUCCUUCCUGGACAAAACUCAGGAUUCUCUAUGGCUCUUCAGGAAUCCACAGCGCUGGAUUUCUACCAGACGUAUUUUGAACCCAUGGUCUACCUGGACUACUUCAAGAUGGGCCAGAGCCCUGUGGGUGAUGAUUGCCUCUACUUCCUGCUAAAACACUACAACACCAUUUUUAAAUCAGGUGGGCUGAAAGGAAAGCUCCUGAUUGACAUUGGCUCUGGGCCCAGCAUUUACCAGCUCCUCUCCGCCUGCGAGUCUUUUGAGGAGAUAAUCGCCACUGACUACACGGACAAGAACCGCCUGGAGCUGGAAAAGUGGCUGAAGAAGAUUCCAGGGGCGUUCGACUGGUCCCCAGUGGUGAAAUAUGUGUGUGAGCUUGAGGGGGACAGAGACAAGUGGGCUGACAAGGAGGAGCGGCUAAGGAGAACCGUGACCCAGGUGCUCAAGUGUGAUGUGAAUAAAGAACAGCCCCUGGAACCUGCAGUCCUGCCCCUGGCGGACUGCGUCCUUUCCUCCCUGUGCCUUGAGGCUGCCUGCCUCACCCAGGAGGCCUUCCGGGCUGCCCUGCGCCACAUCAGGACCCUGCUCCGGCCCAGGGGCCAUCUGGUGCUGGGCGGGGGCUUUGAUACCACCUUCUACAUGGUGGGGGCGAAGAAGUUCCCCUGCCUUCCCCUGAAGGAGAAAUUCGUGUGUGAGGCUCUGCAGAAGUCCGGCUUCACCAUCGAGAAGCUGGAGACGGCUCCGCGGGCAGCUGAGACCAUGUCGGAUGAGCAGUCAGACUACACCGCGAUGUUCGUCGUCGUGGCCCAGAGAAAUGACUGACGUAUUGGACUUGGAAGGGGGGCUGUGGCAUUGGGUUCUGGCCCCAGGAAUGUGAACGCAUCUCAUGCCUACUCCAAGGGCUGGAUGCAGAGAAUCCAGUGGAGACCUCUGGCCCCUAGGAAAUGAGACAGCUGCACUGUAGAAGUCUGACCGCCUGGAGCUGUAUCCCUCCCCGGACUCCCUCCACACCGGACUGUGAAGUGAACAGAGAUGUAUCAGCAUUUACUUUGUGAAGCCACUGAGAUGUGUGGGUUGUUACAUCAGUGAACUUACCUCACCGAUGUGCACACUUAGAUGAGCUCCAAUUGGUUAGAGAAAGGUGAAAUUUAAAAAAUUAUAAGGGCACCUGCCUGGCUCAGUGGUAGAGCAUGUGACUCGAUCUUAGGGUGGUGUGUUCAAGCCCCACAUUAGGCAUGAAGCCUACUUUAAAAAAAUUGUGUAACUUCAUGUAUUUUCAUUGGACUUGAAAAAACUGGUAAGGUAGAUCAUUCCAAGAAUUUUGGUAGGGGUUAGAGGUGUGUAUGGGUGUGUUGGUGAUUACAGGAACUCCCAUGUACUGCUGCUGGGGAUGUAGACUGGUAUAGGCUUGUCAGGGGGGGCGGACCCUGGUGGUUCUCACUAAAAUUAAAUAUUUAAUUGGCUUGUGACUCAGCAUUUCUACUCCCGGGAAUAUACCCUGUGGAAAUUCCCACACAGGUCUGCACAGAGGAGACCUGGGCAUCUACAGAAACGUUGUGUGGGGGAGUUAGAGGCAAUCUGGGUGUCCAUCCCUGGGGGAGUAGAUACGUAAAUGGGGGGAUUCAAGUCACGGAGUGGCAAGAAGGUAUGGCCCACAUGUCCACAUAGCCACGUGCACGGGCCUUAAGGGCACAGUGAAAACGAUGUAAAUGAAGAUAUAUACAUACAAAACAACAGUACCUAUUUCACGGAAAUACACAUAACGAAAAGAACACGCACUAAACCUCUUAGAAAAUCCUCGGGAGGGUGGGAGAUGCGUGGGGAGCAAGAAGAUAGGAUUGAACAGAGGGAUCCCCUCCCCCUACACACGUUCUUUUCCGAAGCUUUCUAACAAGAGACCGAAGACUGACAGUCACAGCUUUUACUUCCUAGACUGGGUUUCCUUUACUGAGUCGGAUUCCCAUGAGGCUGUGACAUCUCUCCUCAACUUUUUUUGAAAACCCCACGGUCAGCCAUCACUGCUAAUUUUCCAGUUUCCUAAGCAUUCCCUUUUAAUCGCCUGACCUCAUGGUUUCUCAAAAACAAAACAGGAGACAGGUACAAGAACAGAAUUACAACAUCAAGUCUUAGUCUAGCUUUUUUACACAAGAAGUAAGACUAGCUGCUUUUUCACAUCUGUAUUAAACGCAGAGGAAAAGAGUGACAUACAUUAACCUGGCAGGACAGGUGUUUCAAAUAUAUGUAUUAUACUGCGAAUGGCAAUUAGCAGGAAACAAGGGGGAAAAAAUCAGUGGAAACGGAGACUAUAGACCUAAAUCAGAAGGUAGCAAUUAUGGUAAGUGAGUGCAUGACAAAGGGACAUCACACCACAGGGAAGCAAAGCAGAAUCAUCUGUAUAGCCCAGAAGCCACCCCAGUUCUCAGCUUUUGCCAGGUGGGUGUUGUAGAAGCCCCGCCAUGAUUUUUAGCCUCAUGAACUUGGUCAUUACUGACGGCCACCUGCCGCGGCCAAGCCGCUGGUCCCCAGCUUUGCCAAAAGCCCCCAAAUGCCAUGUCGCUGCAGUUCACAAACCAUGCCAAGGGGGUGAGUUGGGGCUGGGCACCUCUUUGCUGGAUUAUGGAACUGGGCCCAGCUGAGGCUCAGGAAUCUCCUUCUCUUCCCUCAACCACCCCCACCCCAGCUCUCUCUUUUCUCCUCCAAGAAGAGCUCGCAUCCUGUGUCCUUCCUCUCCUUCCCUGCUCUGGCAUCCUUCUCAAAGCUUCCUGCACCCCAGGCAAUGGAUUCAGUGGCCAGUUUAAAAUCUGGAGACUCGGGGCACCUGGGUGGCUCAGUCAAGCGUCUGAUGGCAGCUCAUGAUCUCGCUGUUCGUGGGUUCAAGCCCUGCGUCAUUCUCUGUGCUGACAGCUCAGAGCCUUGAAGCCUGCUUCGGAUUCUGUGUCUCCCCCCUCUCUGUCCCUCUCCCACUUGUACUCUGUCUCUGAAAAAUAAAUAAGAAUAAAAAAGAAAUCUGGAAAUCGUGAGUAUAGAUAAGUAGAGAACUAAACUUUUUGGCUGAACCAGUAGCUGUGUGGCUUUAGGUUGAAAACCCAAAUCUCCGUGAGAGGAUGCGCUGUUAGAACCCUAAGAAACGCACACACAGGACCCCCUCGCGUUCUGAUGGGACAGCCUCCUUUCUUGUCCACAGGGAGCUAUGACUCUAACAAGAGAGGGGAACAGAGAGGUGAUAGACUCAAGGAAAGGGCUCCCUGCCUCCCUGCAAUUAAGGCUCAGAUGAAUCAUCCCUGGACUCACCAUCCGUAUUCAUUAAAACCUAAAGCAGACCCUGUGGGGCCGCAUCAAAUUUGAUGAGUUAUCAUUUUGCUUGUAAUUUUGUUUAUUAUUAAUUACCAAGCACAUGAAAGGCUCCAAAUUGCUGGUUCCUCUGACUCUGGGAGUUGCUCAGUUUGGCUCUGCCUUGGAUUCCAAUCUCAGGCCUCACACCUGGCCUCAGUUCUGGUCUGAGCAGAGAACGAGGAAGAGGCUCAGCGCAGGCCCGUCUCUACAGCAGGAGCAAACCCCUGCCCCGCGCUGGCAGCAGAAGCAGGCUCCUAAUUGCUGCGGUGUACCUGGGGGUGCGGCUCGCUCUUGGAGAUAAGCAGAAGCCAGGGAGAGUAAAAGGCGAGAUCAGUGCCUACGGGAGUCUGAAUCAUUUCUGGAGCAUCCCGGGCCUCUGAUCUCAAGUAGGCCUUGAUGUCUGAAGCACAGACUUUUUCUGGUGUUGGAGAAGGGAAACUUGAGUGGUAGUUUCUGUUAUGUUCCCCAUCAUUCUUGCCCCGUUUUUGUUGAACCAGUCAUUUAUCCUUCGGUGCCCUUGAAUGCUGUAACCCCAUUGGGUGAAAUUGAGUAAAAGGAGCCUCUCUGGGCACGCCUCAGGGAGGAAACCUGGGGCCACCUAAAUGACCAAGGAUUCUUUAUCUCUACAUCUGUGCACAUGUCAAAAGCAGUCCUGCACCUAGACAUGCAGGAUGUUUUUUUGUUGUUGUUUUUUUAUCAUGAGCUUGAUCAUAUAUAGAAAUGCUCAUAAAACAUUUGCAUAUAGUCUGAAGAUGAAUAUAAAAUGAACACCAGGUAACUGCCCCCCAAGUUGAGAAAUAGAACAGUGAAGGGUCUUAGUAGCACCCCCUUCUUCCCCUCCAGAGCCAACCAGCAUCCUGACGUCUAAGGUAAUGAUUGUUUUUCUCUAUAGUCUGCCAUUCCUUUAUGCAUCACUAGAUAAGCUUGUUUACUUUUGCCUGUUUUGAGCUUUAUAUCAUUGGAAUAAAAAUGUGUAUCUUCUUGUUUCUCUCCCUCUCCGUCUUUGGAGAACCAUCCACGCUGAUACCUGUAGCUAUAAUUGGUGCAGUUCCAUCACUGUAUACUCUGAUUUAUUUAUUCGACUGUCGCUGGACAUUUAGGUUGUUUCUUGCUGGGGGCUACUUCAAACAAUGCUGCUAAGAACAGUCACGUGCCUGUGCCAGGUUUGCUCUAGGUAUGAUCCUGGGUGUGCAAUUGCUGGAGAUGGGGUAUGCCCAACUCAAGUCUCCUAGUUCGUGCCAGCCUGUUUUCCAGAACGGUGCACUGGUUUAUUUGCCCACCAGAAAUACAUGAGAAUAUCUGUGCUCAAGGUCCUUGGUGCUGGCAGACGUUAUUUUUGCCAAUCUGAUGGCUCUGUAGUAGUAUCUCAUUGUGACUUCACUUGCAUUUCGUUGAUGAGAUUAAGCAUCUUUUCAUAGGGUUCUUAUAAAGGGUCUGUUCAUGUUUUCUGGGUUGUUCUUUAUUUUCAUUUUGAUUCACAGAAGUUCUUUAUAAAUUCUGGAUCCUGGUCCUUUGUCAGUUUUAUGAGUUGUGAGAACUUUUCCCACUCUGUGGUAUGUCUCUUUACUCUCUUAAUGUGUCUUUGGUUGAACAGAUGGUCUUAAUUGUAAUAUACUCAAACUUAAAAAAUCUCAAAUUUCUGAUGAAUGGUUUUUUGUAUCCGGUUUAAGAAAUCCUUCUCUACCCCUAAGGUCAUGAAGAUAUUCUUCUACAUUACCUUCUAAAUCCUCAGAGACUUACCCUUCGUCUAUGGUUUUUAAUCCACCUGAAUUGAUUUUUGUGUCUAGUGUGCAAAGAAGGUCCUAUUCCAUCUUGUCCCCUAUGGAUACUCAAUUACCCUGGCACUAUUUACUGAAGAGUAUAUCUUUUCCCCCACUGAUCUGGGAUAUCACCUCCGCUGUAUAUCAAGGGUUGAUAAAGUUAUGGGUCUGUUUAUGGGCUCUCUACUAUUUCAUUAGUCUAUUUGUCAGUCCUUACACCGAUACCAUACGGUCUUCAUUACUACAGCUUUAUAAUAAGUAUUAUGUCUGGUAAAGCCAGCCCUCCUACCUUAUUUUUCUUCUUCAAGAGUAGCUACUCUUGGCCCUUGCCACUGUCAUAUAAAUUUUAGAGCUGGCUUGUCAAGUUCCAACAAAAACCUAUUGGGAUUUUAAUUGAGAUUUUACCGAGUCUAUAAAUCAAUUUGGAGAGAAAUGACAUCUUUACAAUGUUGAGUCCUUCAAUCCAUGAAGUGGUCUAUUUCUCCAUUUAUUUAGGUCUUCUUUAAUGUCUUUUCAUAAAAUUUUAUAAUUUUCUCCAUUAAUGUCUUGUACAUAUUUUGUUGGAUUUAUUCCUAGGUACUUCUCAUUUUUUAAUGCCAUUGUGCAUGAAGUCUGUUUUAAAUUUCAUUUUAUAACUGUUGCUGGUUAAAAAUGAAUUUAAUUUUUUAUAUUCACUUCGUAUCCAGAAAUUUUGCUAGACUUUUAUAUUCUAGCAGUUUCUUUGUAGAUUAUUUUAAAUUUUCUCUAUAUAUUAUCUUAUCUGUUUUUAAUAAUAAUUUUAACUUUUUCAUUUCCAAUGCUUCUACCUUUUAUUUUUCUUACCUCCGGUGCUGUCCAAGACCCCUUGUAGAAUGUUGAAUAACAUUGGUAAUCGUUAAGAUAGAAGAAAUAAAACUUGGCAAUUGUUAGCAUUCUCACCUCGGUCCUCAGUUCAGAGGGAAAGCUUUUAAAAGUGUCAUCAUGAAGUAUGAUGUUUGUUGAAGUUUUUGUAGGUAAUCCUUUUCACAUGAAGGGAGUUCCAUCCUACUCUCCAUUUGCCAAGUGGUUUUUAUUGUUACUGUUGUGAAUGAAUAUGGAUUUUGAGCUCCCCCCACCUCCAUAUAUCUAUUGAAUGAUCAGAAGACCUUUCUCCUUAAAUAUGUAAAUAUGAUGAUUUACAUUAACUGAUUUUAUUAAAUUUAUUUAUUUAUUUUGAGAGAAAGUAUGAGUGAGGGAGGGGCAAAGAGUGAGGGAGAGACAGAAUUUCAAGCAACCUCCACCCAAUCAGCACAGAGCCCACUGUGGGCCUGGAUCUCACAAACUGCGAGAUCGUGACCUGAUUCGAAACCAAGAGUUUGACAUUUAACCAACUGAGCCACCGAGGUGCCCUUACGUUAACUGAUUUUUGAAUGUUAAAUUGCCUUGUACUCCAGCAAUAAACCCGCUUGGUCAUAGUGUAACGACUAAAUGAAUAAGCUGUCCCGUCAGACUGUUGUAGGUCUGAACCCCAGCUAUACAGCUACCUAGCAGUGUGGCCUGGGCAGGGUACUUAACCUCUCUGUGCCUUAUACGCUGAAAUGGGGAUAAUAGUACCUAACUCACAGAACUAUUGUAAGGUUUAGUAACACAUCCAAAAUGCUUAAACCGGUGUCUACGCCUAGUAAGCACCAUAUAAGUGUUUGCUGUUUUAUGGACUAGACAAGAAUUUGUUUAGGAUUUUUGUAUUUGUGUUCAUGAGUGAUUUUUAGCUUGUAAUUUUUCUUUCUCAUAAAUAACCUUGGCAUUAUGGUUUUGCUCAACUUAUAAAAUUAGUUGAGGGGUGUUUUCUCAUUUUCUAUCCUCUGAAAGAGUUUGGGUAAAAAUAAAAUGACCGAUUCCUUGAAUAUAUGCUAGAACUCGCUUGUGAAGCCAUCUGCCUGGAGGGUUUCAUGAAGGAACAAUGUUCGACUUAAGUUCUUUGAUGGUUACAGGUCAGUUCAGGCUUUGCAUGUGUUGUACGUUUACUUGGGAACGUCUCCAUCUAAAUAUUCGGUAUAUUGGCAUAAAGCUAUUCACGGUAACUAAUAGCCAUCUUUGCGAGGUCUGUACCAUAUGCCAUGAAGUUUCCAUUUUCACUCUUGACAUUGGGUGUAUGUGCAUUUUCCUUUGUUUUUUUUCCCCCUUGAUCAUUAAAAACAGAAAUUUGCUAAUUAUAUUUGUCUUUUCAGAGAGCCGAUUUUUGAGCCUUGCUGAUCUUCCCAAUUGUAUUUUAGCUUUUUAUUUCAUUAGUUUCUUCUCUAUGAUAUUAUUUUCUUUCCACACCCCCAUUUACGCUACUGUAUGUACAUUUGAGGGUUAGAGUUCCCCCUUAAAUACUCUUUUGGCUUCAACCCACGAAUUUUGAUAUGUGGUACUUCCAUUACUACUGAGUUCAAACUAUUUUAUAAUUUUCACUCUGAUUGCUUUUUGGGGGCCACAGGUUCUUUAUUGGUAUGUUCCUUAACUUCCAAACAAAUCAGGGUAUUCUAGUUAUCUUUUUGGUUUUUUGGCUUUUAACUUCAACACGUUGGUCAAAAAUAUACUCUGUUUCAUUUCAGUCCUUUGAAAUAUGUGGAGGCUUGCUUUGUAAGCUAGUAUAGGGUAACUUCUAAUGUGCUUUGUAUUGUUAAAACACGUGUGUAGGUGUUGGGUGAAGUAUUUUAUAUGCAUCCAUUAAGUCUAGUCGAGGAAUCCUGCUACUCACGUAUUACAUAUUUUUACUGAUGUUUUUAUCUAUCUUUAACUCUCCAUCGACUGCCUUCUUAUUUUAUGCUUUAUAUUUGUCUGACAAGUCUAUGUUGUUGUUGUUGUUGUUUUCCCUCUCUCUCUUAGUUCUUGCCUCCUUCUGAAUUUUUUUUUUGUCAUUCCAUUUCCUCUCCUCUACUAAUCUGAUUGUGUUAUUUUUGUGGUGCCUAAGAUUGCAGUGUAGGUAUUUUACUUUGGAUCCCCCAAAGCACUGGUGAGGGCAUGGGAAAGUGAGACAAAGAAAGAAAGGAAGGCAAUCAGGCCCCAUUCAUGAACCAGUUUCUGCUGUGGGCAACUGGGGCUCACUUCUGCUGCGGACCUCUGCAAGAGUUCAUAGAACCUGUUUGGGCAUUCUCAUCCCAGGACCAAGGAAGCCAGUAUAAUCAUUCAGCAGCUCUCCUCUGUCACUGGGUGAGGGCCUGAGGGCUGCUGCCCAGCUUUUCUCACCUGCUCUAUGUAGGGGCCAAACAUACUCCUACAACCAGAGACAAUUCUCAGGCUCAGGAAGUAUGGGCAGUGUAUAAUCAUCUGCCUGGAAUUACAAUAUGCAUAAUCUACUUAGCAAGGCCUAACUAACGUCUUACCCUCAGCAAGGUCUUACCCUUCCUGGACAAUUCAAAGAUCCAGAACACUUCAACUCCAUGUAUUUACCCUCCCCUGAAAUUUAUAGGCUAUUGAUAUUGUGUAUUUUAGCUCCAUCUUGCUUGUUUUUAACCACAUAUGCCAUUAUUUUUUAUACAUCCAUUAGAAUUACCCACAAGUUAGUGUCCUUACUUGUUCUUCAUUCUUUUUUUCAUCUCAGACCUUGAUCGUUUGCACACUGGUAUUGCAGAACUAUUUUCUCAUGAGGUCAUGACCUGAGGUAAUGAAGCAAAUGUUUUAUCAACUGACCUCAUGGGAAGAGCAGCUACCAGUAGACCAAGUUCCCAGGCUAGAUGGCAGUGAUGUGCUUUCUUGAGUCCUUUCAUUUCUCCUUCCUUCCUUCCUUCCUUCCUUCCUUCCUUCCUUCCCUACUUUCCACUCUCCCUGCCUCUCUUCCUCCCUUUCUAUUUCCUUCGUGCUCUUUGUUUCUUCCAGAGUCUAUUGAUUUUGGAACUCUGUCUUCACUACAUUUUGUCUCCAUGAGAGGAUUGCCUUUCUGAGCCAAUACCCUAGGCAUUUUAAAUUUCUUUGCUCACUGAAGCCUGUUAGAAUCACUGUGGAAUCUAGUUCCAGUGGGAAGGCCAGUGGACGAGCAGAUGUGCCCUUCGAUGCCCAUGAGGGUACUGUUGCAACUCCACUCAAGGACUGGUCCCAUUUCACCAUUGGGAUGUUGAAUUGCUCCUGAAUUCAUAUCCAAAAGGAAACUAAGACUUCCGGAGACUCCAAAUAAUCCGGAUAAAGAAGGAAGCAUUUCAUUUAUGCAUCUUUCUUAGACACGGGAUACGGGGUUCUAGUUUUUUUCAUAACAACUACUAAGGAAAGGAUUUGGAGGUUUUAGUUUAAUUGCUUCUAAGAAAAAUUCCAUAGUGGGCC